UCUACAUAUUUCGCUGCAGGCUGAAAAAAAUGUCGUAAGUUUUUGUUCGAGAUGAUGAGAUUUUGAAUGUUGGACAUUUGGGCUAAAAGUUUUUCAGUCGUUGUACGAAUAUGAACAAACAAUAUUGAGGAAGGUUUAUGAAAGUGGUACCUAUGAUCCAACAGAACCUGGUAACUUACCAACUGCAAUCAGUGUGCUGAUGUUUGUGGAACAUAUCGAAGCUUUGAAUCAGGAGGAACAACUUAUGGAAAUGCAUUGCAGUCUUGUUCUGAGUUGGAGCGAUUCUCGUCUUACCUGGACAGCUGAAGAUUGGGGCGGUGUGAAGAAGAUUGUACGUAUGAAAUACGAAUUGCCAUACAUUUGGUAUCCGCAGUUGCAUUUUGCUGAACUAAAGCUAAAAAGUGAACAGAUUAUGCGAAAUUUCAACACACUUAUAGCCAUAACUAACGUUGGUGCAGUAUUUGUUCAGAUUGAGCUUACUUUAAAGACACCAUGUAUGUUUGACUUCAGCGAUUACCCGCAUGAUAAUCAAAGGUGCUCCCUAACUCUGCUUAAUCCGCGACCAUUAUCCGAAAUCAAGUUCUCACCUUUGACCUAUUUUGGAAAGCAUAACGAUAUGUUCGGAAGAAUUUCCAAUUCUGUCCUCAAAACCGGCGAAUUUAUCGUAACAGAUACUGCAGCUGAGCGGCUAUAUUACAGAUCACCAGGACUUGUAACAAGAAAUGAAACAGCUGUCACAUAUUUGGCUGGAACAGUGGCGGAUGUCAAACUGUCGCUUAUUUGGCUUAUGCUUUGCACAUUGAUACAAGUAGUCAACUACUCUCAAAUGACGGCAAAGUUACCUCCAGACUCUUCUAGAAUUCCACUAUGUGGUAAGACCUAUUUUACUACCAAAAAGUGA